AUGUCUGAGGCCCCAAGCCUCUGGGCUGAUGACAAUGUAGACAAAAAGUGUUUGACCUUAUUGGAAAAGCAAAUGUUUGAAGUACCAAAACAAGCUGGCAUUGCAAGUUACUAUCAAUGGGGCCUUAAUGCUGGAGAGCACCAGGACAACUGGGGUCCAUAUGCUGACCUACCAUCAUAUUUGGUGCAUGAUGAUUUUGACAGUAAAGAAUUAUACUUAGAGGGGGCUUUGUGA